AGAUAAAACUAUCUAAAUAGAACUGGUCAAUCUUUGACUAUAAUUAAAAUAGGAAGAAAUGUUUUCGAUUUUAUGUGUAUUAUCAGCAGUUGUUGCAGCGUGUUUAGCUAACACGAGCCCACCACAGCCGGUAACUGUGGCACCAGGAUGCGUAGUCAAUGGAGUAACAUACAAGGCAGGAGAGAGAUUUCAGAAAUCACCAUGUAGUCCUUGCUACUGUUCUGCCGACGGUCACAUCAAUUGCGCAAUUGUAGAUUGCUUCUUCACACCAUGCGUUGAUGCUAUCCAUGAUCCAACAAAAUGUUGCCCAGUCUGUCCGAAUGGUGAGAAUUGCAAACACAAAGAUGGAACAAUUAUAAAGAAAGGAGAGGUUUAUAAUCCAGAUGCCCAUACAAGCUGCAAGUGUCCUACCUCGUUCCAUUUCGGUCCAUCAUUAGCUGUAUGUGCUGUUGACACCAUAAAUGUUGGAUAAUUUGAUAUCGAUUGUAACUGAAGUUUUGACGAGAUUUGAAAUUAAAAUUUUUGCAACUUUAA